AUGGUGAAGGCUUGCCCACCGCGACUAUUACUGCUUAAUCUUUUUUUCUGCUUUUCUCUGGCAGCAACAGCGAAUGAAGAAAAAGGACGAUGGGUGGGACUGGCGGAUGGAGGUGACAGCAGGUUACCUGUGGAACAUCAGCGGAGGAGGGCAGGAUUCGAGGAGCUCGUCGAUAUCUUGGGCGGACGGGCACAGCCGCCGACGGCGUCAACGGACAUCAGCAAACCGGUAGCCCUCGAAAAACGUGUCGUGUUGGCAGUGCCUACACCACCGGCCCUCUUCGGGGGUUCCGUCCUGAAGGGUCGACAAGACCCCAACGAUGCCAUUGCAUCUGCCUCACGUUCUGCCCAGCAGGCCAUUGCGUCGGCGUCACAGUCAGCUCAGCAAGCUGUUCAGCAAGCAGGCGAUCAAGUGAGACAGGCCCAGGAUCAAGUACGGCAGGCUCAAGACCAAGCGAGGCAAGCCAGCGAUGCAGCCAGCCGGACAUCGUCAUCGGCAAGCAGCGCCGUGUCCCAGGCCCAGUCAAGCGCGCGACAGGCCAUCUCCGAUGCCCAAAACUCGGCGAGGCAAAGUGCGAGUCAGCAGAUUUCGCAAAACUUGGCGAGUGUUACGUCCAGUGCGUCGAUGCAGAUUGCCAGCAUACGGUCAAGUGCCAGCGCCAGCGCCGCGAGUGCCAUUGCCGCCGCCACGCAGUCGGCCCUCGCGAUGGUGCAAAGCGCGCGGACCGAUGCGGACUCAAGGGUACAGCAAGCACAAGGUACCGCAGUGUCGGUUACGCAGGCCGCAGUCAUAAUCGUGGGAGCCAUCAUCGGCUCGUCUCUAUUGACUAUCCUAUGCUUCUACCUCUUCACACGCUACCGCCGCAGCAAGCGCAAAGACCAUACGGCACGCGGUUCUCGCCGCGGAAACAGCUACCCCGCGCAGGACUCGCCUAUGGCCGCCAGGGGUCUGGUUAUGGACACCGGCUACCCGCAGGAUGUCAAGCGUCCGAUGUCGCCGGCGCGACCAGAGACAGCGCUCACAACCGGACCUGGCGGGAUGGGAUACGCUGUAACCAACUUUGGCGACAGCGCGCUCAACUUCUCAAGGACGACGACGUUUAUGGGCAGCACGGCGCCGCAGACGGGGGGCAUAGGGGUGUUGUCGAGGGAACCGUCGGUGACGCGAAAGCCGAUACCGCCGCCACUCAAGAAGCCAGCGGCCUUUAAUUUGUUCCCAUCGACACCAAAGGAGGGCUCCUUCGGUGUUGGCGGGUUGCCAUCUAACCCGUCUUCAAUGAGAGAUCGGGGGUGGUCCGUAUCGUCGUCGGCGUCGACGGCGGUACCAACACUAGCACCCACGGGGCCUGCGAAUGAAAAGCUGGACAGGGUUGAUGAGGAAACGGACGACUUUGGGGAGGGGGGCAGGAGGUGGUUGAGGCGGACGCGGACCGUGAGUCCGUUCGGUGACCUUGCCGAGAGUCCAACCAAGGGGAAGGGUGCAAACUGGCCGUUUACUGGGCCGGGCUCGCCUGCGACUGCCAGGUGA